AUGAAACCCGGCAAGCCUUCACCAACCUCCCCGCUGAGGAUGGAGGGAAACGAAACCAAUCUACAACCCCAAAACAAAGCCGAAUUCAAACGGACUGUCUCCCCUUCUGCGUCAAGGCGCCAUCUCCAGAUCACUACCACCACUACAACGACAACAAACAGCCACAACAACGCCAACGAAAACGACAACGACAACCCCACCACCAAUACUACCACCCAGCAGACCUCCCCCCCGCCAUCAUCAUCGCCAUCGCCAACGCAGCCACCACCCCCGCCCUCACCCUCGCUUUCAUCCUCAUCCUCAUCCACCUCUUCGCACCCAGACGCAGACACAAACCCAUACACAGACCUCUCCCCCCUCAUCCGCCCCCUCUCGCUCUCCCUCUCGCUCAUCACAGCACUGCGGCGACCUUCCACCACCUCCAUAUCCCCUUCUUCGUCCUGCUACUCCUCCUCGUCCUACUAUUCCAACUCCGACCCCAACGCCGACGAAAACAAGUCGACGUCGCCGUCCUCGCUCUACUCUACUAGCUCUUCCUUCGCGGAUGUGGAUGUGGAUGUUGAUGUUGAUGUUGAUGUUGACGCGGGGACUGAUGCGGGGACUGCACUUGAGGGUAUGGCGGGGGUGUUGGGUUUGGGUUUGGGGUUGGAUGGGGGUUUCGAUGCGGCUUCCCCUUCGACGUCGCGUUCAGCAUCCCCUUCUAUUUCGCAGUCAGCAUCGCCUCCUACAGCGUCUUCGACCGCGCCUUCGUCCUCGCCUCCGUCCUCGCCUCCAUCAUCACACCCCCCACCCUCCCCGCUUACAAGAGCCUCAGAGCAAGCCACAACCACAACCACACCAGCACCAUCAGUAUCCCCCCCCCUCUCACCUUGCCCCUUCCCCUCGCACACAACCCCUCCAAAAACAGCUAUAAAAUCAGAGCAAGAGCAAGACUCCGCAGCCGAAACAGACACAGCCACCGACAUCGAAACCCUCAGCGCCCGCUACCACGCCACGCUAUCGACCUUCCUGGCCGCGAGCGCGCACCGAGGCACCCUGUGCGCGCUGCCGAGUCUGCGGCAGAGCGUGGCGGGGCUGGAGAGGGGGGUUGUGGUUUUGGUUGAGCGGGGGAGGGGGAGGGGGAGGGGGUUGGGGGGCGGGCGGGAAGGCGGGCGGGAGGGAAUGGUGGGGGUGGAUGGUGCUGGGGAAAGGGGGGAGGGAGGAAGAAGGUGGGAGGGAGAUAGGGUGGAGUUGGGGGGAGGGGGGUUUGAUGAGGGGGAGAGUGAGGAGGACGGGGAGGGUGAGGGGGAGGAGGAGUGA